AUGUUUCCCUGCUCGUCGGAUUUGUUUGACUUUCCCCUCUGCUGCAUCAUUUUGUCAGCGAUUUUCGACCUAUUUCUUCACAUUUGUCGUUGGAUUCAACUUUCUCAGCUGGAUUUGCCAUGGACCCAAGGACUAUCAUUGGACAUGCCAUGGACUACCAUUUGGACCAUUCUUUACUUGACCGGACUUGCACGGAUUGAUGUUCUGUGUCAUGUUACUCCAUCAUCUCUAAGCCGCUUGUUAUCUUUCACUGCUCAAGAGUUAUUGACGCCUUUAUCUGUCGGUCAUAGCAUGUUUAGCUUUGGGCAUCGCAUGUAUUUGGUAUAG